AUGGAUGGGGAGAUUGGUGGUGGAGUGGAAGUAGGGGUGGACAUUGAGUCGGAAAGCUUAUGUUUGGCGGAUUCUGAGAAUGGGGGUGGUAGGGGGCACCGGGUGAGGGAGGGAGUGGUGAUGGAGGAGGAUAUAGCAAUGACGGAUCUUGGUUUCGAAGGCCUUUUUAAUGUGGAUAACACUGUAUUGAGUGGAGGACUGGCAUUGUUAUGGAGAACGAAUGAUACUGCAAGAAUAAUUGGUUAUUCUAAUAAUCACAUAGAUGUUGAGGUGAGUUUGCCAGGUUUUGAUAAGUGGAGGAUGACUGGUUUCUAUGGCUUCCCGAAGCGUCCGCAGAGAAGGGAGUCGUGGGACCUUAUUCGGUCAUUGGCAAGUAGAUCGGAUCUGCCAUGGGUAAUCAUUGGAGAUUUUAAUGAUCUCUUAUAUCAGUAUGAGAAACGAGGAGGAAAUCCCCAUCCAGACAGCUUGCUACGGGGCUUUGGAGAAACUAUUGAGGAGUGUGGUUUGACACAAUUACCAAUGUCUGGAUAUCCCUAUACUUGGGAGAAGGGAAAAGGCACGCCAAACUGGAUAGAGGAACGAUUGGAUAAGGUUUUGGCUACUCAAACCUGGAGAGAGUUGGUGGCUGAUGCAAAUGUGCAGAAUAUAUUAACCCGGAAAUCAGAUCAUUCUUUCCUUUUCCUUGGGAUUCUCAAUCUUCGGGGAAGGAGGGGUGUUCUGAGAAGGGGUUUUCGUUUUGAGAUGGCAUGGCUACAUGAUGAGGGGUGUAGGGAAGUGGUGGAAAAAUCCUGGGGCGAAGGAAGAAGUAGGGGGUUGCAGGAGUGUGUCACUCUAUGUGGUGAUCGGUUAACACGCUGGGGUGGAGACCGAUUCCAUAAAUUUGGUGAGAAAAUAUUGAACUUGCGUAAGGAACAGUUGCGCCUCAGGGGGUGUACGGAUCCGGUAUCCCUAGCCGAGUUUCGGAGACUAGAUGAAUGUUUGGCUCGUAUUGAAUUACAGGAGGAUACGUACUGGAGACAGAGGGCCAAACAGCAUUGGCUCAAGGAUGCAGAUGCAAACACCAGGUUUUACCACAGGUAUGCUUCUCAUCGAAAGAAAAAGAAUGUUAUUACUAAAGUUAUGAAUAAUGAUGGGGAUUUGAUUUAG